UUCUGGUCACAUUCUCUUUUCUUCUUUUCCUAUACUGUUGCCAUCCUGUUCUUCAUAUAAAAAGACCCCAAACUUCUCUUUGUAUGUUGCAAACGACAAUGACUUAUCAAGUAGCCAUGCAAGGAGGGAGAUUGCGCAAAGGGCCUUGGGUUGAAGAAGAAGAUAAGCGGCUCACGACCUUUGUCACCCUUAUGGGAGAACGUAGGUGGGAUUCCAUUGCCAGAGUAUCAGGUCUGCAAAGGAGUGGUAAAAGCUGCAGGUUGCGGUGGAUGAACUAUCUCCAUCCUGAUCUUAAGCGUGGUCAACUAAGCAUUGAAGAAGAGCGGAUCAUUCUUCAACUUCAUGAGCUAUGGGGUAACAAGUGGUCGAAGAUUGCCAGAAGGUUGCCGGGAAGAACUGACAAUGAGAUCAAGAAUUACUGGAGGACACAUUUAAGGAAGAGAACACAAUUGGCUCAAGAAGAAAGGAACUAUCAUUGUAAAACAAACAAUGCUGAACAAGAUUUCUUCUUUAAUGAACAAGGUGGCAUGUCUACCGUAAAAUAUCAGUGUGGAAACAAGGGCUCUGUUGAUAAGGACUCUUGGGGUACCAUGAACGAGAUCUCCUCCGAUGCACCCGGGUUCUCGGACCUUCCAUUUACUUGUUCUCCAUAUGAAACCCGUUUUUCAGAUUGGAUCUCAGGACUUUCAGAUGAUCAAAGCGAAAUAAAGCAUCAAGAAGACUGUAAUACUAUAGAAUCAUGUUGCUGUUAUCUUGCUUGGAUUCCAGACGAUUCAAAUACAUGGGACUAUUCAGGUUCCCUGUGGGACAUGGAUUAAGCUGACAGUUAAUGUAAAUACCAAGAACCUUCAAAACUGUAAAACCUUGUGUGGUUCAUCCUGCA